GGCUGAUUGCUGCAUCUGCAAGCACGGCAUCGCAACGCUGUCCAGCAUAUUCACCACAGGCACUUAAUUAAGGUACCUUACCUACGGAUAUCCACCACAUGGGACAAAUAUUGUUGCUCCCAAGUCCCAACAUGGAAAUUCAGCCAACUGCAUAAAUGCUCAACAAGUAACCCCGCAACACCCCUCGCCCCUGCCUCGAUCCGGAAACGAGUCCCUUCAAAGCUACCUUACCUAGAUGAGGUGCAGUGAUGCUGGGAUAGCCCUGAAAGACAAGCUCGCCUUGAGAGGGGCUGUGGCGUUGCUCUUGUUGUCGUUGUGGACCUGGCAGAUCUAGCGGUCAAACAAAGUCUUCCAAGGGCUUUACCACGGGAGUACCUAAAGAUCGCACCCACUACUCCUUACUGUACCGUACAUGGCUCGCG